CGGCGGUGUUCAUAAGACUUUUUAAGAGGAUUUUUUUCUCCACAUCCGAAGCCAAUAAUCGUCUAACAUUUGCUGUUUGAUUUAUCUAACUUCGAAGUUAAUUGUUGGUGAUAACUGAGGAGAAGGAAUUAAUAAGAAAGUGUAUAUCUGUUGGGGAAAAAGAGUCAAAUUUAAGUGAGUCAAGAUGGCCGAGCCAUCAGCCCCUCCCAGCUAUAUGGAGGCUACUUCUGAUCAGCAGUACCCCCCUGGACAGCCUGGAGUGACCCCAUAUCCUCCUGCACAAGGAGCCCCUUAUCAGGGUGGAGCAUACCCACCAGCCACAGGACAAGCAUACCCUCCUGCAGGGGGUGCAGCUUACCCACCACAAACAGGGGGUGCAGCUUACCCACUACAAACAGGGGGUGAAGCUUACCCACCACAAAAAGGAGGUGCAGCAUACCCCCCACCAACAGGUCAGGCUUACCCACCCCAGUCUGCUCCAGCACCACAGCAAGCUGGCUAUCAGUCUGCACCUCCACCAGCAAGUUAUGGAGGAGGUGGGUCUCCUGGUGGUGAUGUAGAAGAAGGUUUCUCUGCAGAAAGAGGGUUCAACAACAAGGCCAUUCGAGCUGCUUUCAUCAAGAAGGUGUAUUUCAUCCUCUUCAUUCAGCUGCUGGUGACCUUUGGAAUCAUCUGCAUCUUUGUUUUUGUGGAGCCUGUCAAUGGCUAUGUGAGGACUAACAGUUGGCUGUAUUGGUGCUCUUAUGGACUGUUCUUGAUGAUGUACUUUAUGCUUGCCUGCUGCCCUAGUGUUCGCAGGAAGUACCCUGGGAAUGUCAUUGCACUGGCAGCUUUUACUCUCUGUCUUUCAUACAUGGCGGGAACUAUUGCAAGCUACUAUGGUCCUAAUGCUGGUCAGUCUGUCUUGGUCUGCAUGGGUAUCUGUGCGGGAGUUACUCUUGGAGUGAGCCUGUUUGCAAUCCAGACACGCUUUGAUUUUACAUCCUGCGGAGGAUUUCUCUUUGUUUUCAGCCUCUCUCUUUUCCUCUUUGGAUUCAUUGCCAUCUUUACACGCAGCAAUGUUCUGUAUACAGUUUAUGCGUGGCUGGCAGCUUUGUUAUUUACCAUGUUCCUUGCGUACGACACCCAGCUACUGAUUGGAGGACGGCGUUACGAGCUGGAUCCCGAGGAAUACAUAUUCGGCGCUAUGAACCUGUAUGUGGACAUAGUAUACCUGUUCCUCAUCAUCCUUUCCCUGUUUGGUGGGAGUAAGUGAUCUUAGGAUCUGGCUCUACCCACAGAGUCAUCAUCAUUCCCCUAUUGGGAAGGUGGGAAAAGUGAUCAUGUGACCUGUUGAGUUGAUCAGGUGAUUCUUUCAUGAUAGAUAAUGAAUAGUUUGAUGAGUAAAGCUCUAAUCUCAGUUCACAUGCACACUAGUGAAUCACAGCGCAUAUAUUGGGAUGAAAAUGAUGCAAGUAGUGAAAAUUCUAUCACCUGUAAUAGUCAGUAGAAUUUGAAUAUAGCUUUUAAGUGUAAAAUCAUUGGGGAAAGGUAAUGGUUUUUGUUGUAUAAUAUCACAAUAUGUGUAUGGAUGUAGAGGAGUAUUCCAUUGAUUUCAUAUUAGUUCAUUGGAAAAUGUUUAAUUAUCAUUGUCAAAGAUACAUCUUCAAGAAUUUGUUUGAAUCUUGUAGUAGCAGUCAAUAAGACUGGAUGAAUGCCUUUUCAAAUAAAUAGUUAUAAUUUUUCUUAAUUUCGUAAUCUUCUAAAGAGCUAGCCAUGUAUAAUGCUGAGAGCGCAAAAUGUUAAGAAAAGAACUCUCUAAAGGGAAGGAAUAGCAUGGUUUACUUGAUUUCACCUAUCAUGUCAUAUGUAUAUAGUCACUUACUUACACUGUCAUGUACUAUAGAAUAAAUUUAUAUAUAAUUAUAUUAGUAUAUUAAGUUUUUUUUAUGAGAUGUUCAGGGUUGACGUACAUUUGUGAUGAAAUAUUUGCAAAUGGGAAAGGGUAACAUGGCGUGAUAUUCAGCUACAAGAGGAUUGAACAUUAAUGCAAUUACUGAAUUUCGGUGCACCCUGUAUCAAAUGCCAAGUUCAUCCCAACAUAUACUUGUAUUUUUUUAUUGAAAAGAAAAUAAAAAAGGUAUCAAGCAAGCAUAUUUCGAAAUAUAAUGAAAAUUGAGUUUUGAAAUCAGAAAAGUAAUCAGAAAUUUACAUGAGUUUGCAAAGAAAAUAUUUUUCACAAAACGUUGUAUAACCUGAUAAUAAAAUGUAUACCAAACAGGGAACUGUUCAUAUCUUAUUCAUGCUUUUAAUUUUUGUAUUCCAAAAAUGUCAAAUGUUUGUGUGAACUCAAUAUGGUUCAUUUAAGAUCAUUCAUUGGAUUCAAACUUCAUUUUCACAAAGAUAAAGUCAGGGAAUGACUGACAAAAUAUACUAAAUAAUGCCCCAAGUAGGUGGGCACAAUUGAUUGUCUUACAAGCCAUGGAUAUGAAAAGGUAUUCCUUAUUGCAGAUAUAUAACACAGGAAAUGGUUUUCAAGAUUCUUUCAAGAGGGCUGCAAGAUCUAAAAUUGCAUUGUGCAUUUCAGUGGCAGACACAGUUAAAUCUAUUCAAACGUAGCACAUUGAAAUCAUGCUGAUGUAACAUUGUUAAUUGGUUACUUCAUACUUGUAGAAGAAGUGGUGUAUUCAUGUAACAGAAAGAAAUAUGUUGCUCUUUUUGAACUGUUUAUUUAGAGAGAGAUAAUCAAUUUACAAUAAAAACAACACUCCCACAAUUUCAUACCUCCCAUGCAUACAAUGUACAUGAUCUACUUUCAUCAAUGCCUGGCAGUUGCAUUUUCAUAUUCUAGACAUUUGCCAUUUUUUUAAAUUUUGACAUUCUUACUAUUCUAAUGAAAAUUUGUAAAAUUAUAGUAAGUCAAUUAUUGCUUCUUUUAGUCUUCACAAGGCCUUACAAACUCAACUGAUGAGUGAUCAUUGAAAUACACAAACCUUUUUGAAUUCUCUAUUUUGUAGAUUUAUAGAAUUUUGUAACACACAUAUUCAAGCUGUUUGUGAUAGUAAAUGUAACAUUCAACUGUAACUGAAUAUGUUGAUGAUAUUUUCAAAGUAUAUGUAUGUGAUGCUGUAUAUCUCGGCUUGUGGAGAGUUAUCAAUUUUCUUUUAAAUGUACAUUAUUUCCCGUUCCACAAUUGAUACAUUCUCAACUUAUAAAAUUAUACAUUCAUACCUGUCAUAAUGUAUUUGUAUCUGAAUAUGUUUUGGAGUGCUGUGUAUGUAUUAAGAAAUGGGCAAUCGCUGUAUGUGCAUGGCUAGUGGUCUUGUGUGUAUAAAGUUGACCCAUAUGAAUUGAUUUUAUCUGUUUAGCAAGUUACAUUGUGAAAUGAUUGAUUUUCUAUUGUAUAUGUUAUCGCUUUCAUAGUUUCCUUAUAUAUCCCUGUAUAUAAACUUUAGCAGGUAACAAGUUAAUAUUAUACAUAAUAUCCUUGCCAUUGUGUCUUCACCCUUGAAUAAGUGUGUCAAAAUUGUGGGGGGGGGGGCCUUAUACCUUCAAAGUUCUGGAUUGAAUAAUUUUCUGUUUAGAUCAUCAAAUUAAGUUUGCCAAAUCAUAAUUGAAGAUUUGAUCAACCAUUUCUGACAUUACACCUUGAUGUAAAUUUCAACACAAACACACAAUAUAAAAUCUCAACUGUCAAAGAGAAAGAUUUAAUUUUAAAGCAUUAAACAGUACACAGUUAAAAAAAAACUGUGUCAGUAACCAUCUAGUGUAACCCACACCCCUGCCAAACAAAGGCAAUCAACCAUCAAUGAUGAAAACUGUAAACUUAAAAUUGGCAUACAUGUACUAGCAAGCAAUUCAUUUCUUUGUAAGAAGAUAGAUUUGGGUAAAAAUAGUAGAGGUUGAUUACUUUUAGAGGCUGUUUGAGAACAUGCUGUUUUUCAAGAUUUUCUUUGCUGAACUUAUAUUUUAAAGACUUUUUAUUUAAAUAAAUGAGACAUGUAUAGGUCCAUCAAUAUCCACUUUCUGAAUCAGACCUACAGCAAAUAACAUGUACAGUUCUUUGUGCAAUUAUGUUAUCCAUAGCUAGUAUAUCAUGCAUGAUGUGAUAUUCAAUUUGUAGUUUUUUAUAAACUGUUUCAAUAAUCCAUUCAUUUUCAUCAUGAGUUGUGUUAUUUUGAUCAAAUAUUGAAUAGAAAAUAAAUACAUAUAUAUGUAUAUCAUUCUUA